UCGGACAGUUUUUCCCUUGGGAGACCCGGAAAAAACAAAGCUGCAGGAAAUCUGUUGGAAAAGGUUUUGAGGAUGUCAACUGGAGAGCUGGAGUGAGCAGAUGCAGAGGGGAGACAAACUACAGAGAGGAAGAAACCACAGAGGUAAAUUGUCUCGUUUGGAGUGAUGAUGAAAAAGAAGAAGAGUUUAGUGGAGGACAGCGCCACACUCAUCGCACUCUCAGACCAUCCUGAACAAACCUACGGCAGCAUUGAGAAAUGUGCGGAACCUCAGGAAAACAAGAACGUCUUCAGUGAUGGAGUCACAAAAAUUGAUUUCGUCUUGGUUUGGGAGGAAUCUGGCAAUCCGUUGAAGUCAGCGGAUGGAGAAGAACUAUCAUUCAGUUCGUCGCGGGACGCACACAGGAAGUGGAGGACAGAGUUCCUGUCCAAACUCCAAGAUGCUGGACUUCAUCAAGAAAUGAAAGAGGUUGUGCAAGGAAAAACAAAGACUACUUAUGUCCUUCUGAGUGCCCCGUGGAAUGUUCUGUGUUACUAUGCCGAGGAGAUCAGCCUUCGAGUGCCGUUACAGGUUGUGACGACGCCAAUAUCAAACUGGUCCGAGACUAUCCUAGAAAAACUACACACACCAAACAUAAUGGCACAAGAUGUGCCCAACUAUCCACCAGACUACUACACCUGCCCGUUCCGUACCACCAAACUAGAGAGAUUUCUUGGUCAUGAAAACAAGGACACUUUUUUCAAAACCACACAGAGACACCAAAUACUAUAUGAGAUUUUAGCCAGGACUCCAUAUGGAGCGCUGAAGAGAGGAGAAGUUGGCAUUGGCAGGCUUGUUAGUGAGAAAGUUCUCACUGCUGCUUUUCCCUUACAUGAGGGUCCAUUUGAGAUGCCAAAGACCCCAGAAGAUCCACAAUGUCUGAACAUGAGGCAGAUCCUCCAUCACUACUGGGCUCGCUGGGCUUGUUGGAGGAAAUACCAACCUCUGGAUCACAUCCGUGAAUACUUUGGAGAGAAAAUAGCACUCUAUUUUGCAUGGUUGGGUUUCUAUACUGGUUGGUUAUUACCAGCAGCGGUAGUGGGUUUUAUUAUAUUUCUGUUUGGUAUAUGGCUGAUGGUCACUGAUGUGCCAGCGGAAGAGUUGUGCUCCAGUGGAAAUGCCUUCAUCAUGUGUCCACUAUGCAACAUCUGCAGCUACUGGAACCUCUCGAGUAUCUGCUAUACUUAUAAGGCAGGCUUGCUAUUUGACAAUGGAGGAACUGUGUUCUUCAGUAUAUUCAUGUCUCUGUGGGCCGUCACUUUCCUGGAGUACUGGAAGCGGACAAGCUCUAUACUUUCACACCGAUGGGACUGCUCCGAAUUUGAAGAAAUAGAGGAAAGGCCAAGACCAGAAUUCACAGCACUGGCACCUAUGACAGUUCGCAAUCCUGUGACUGGGGCUGAGGAGCCUUACUUCCCAGAGACCCGUCGACUAAGUCGUACUCUUACCGGCAACAUGGUCAUCAUUCUAAUGAUUUCCAUAGUUUUGAUAUUCCUGAUGGCCAUCAUACUGUAUCGGACCAUACUAAGCAUCAUUAUCUACAGGUCUCAGAGUGCCUUCUUCAUAUUUUCAGCUGGAAGAAUAGCUAGCCUCACUGGUUCAAUGCUAAAUUUACUGGUUAUCCUGUUGUUGUCACGGCUUUAUACUUACCUGGCCCAGUGUCUGACAAGAUGGGAAAUGCACCGCACCCAGACAGAAUAUGAGAAUGCAUUCAUCCUCAAGGUCUUCAUCUUCCAGUUUGUCAACUUCUACUCAUCUCCUGUUUACAUUGCAUUUUUCAAGGGCAGGUUUGUUGGAUACCCUGGAAGCUAUAACACAUUACUAGGAAUCCGAAAUGAGGAUUGUGGUGCAUCUGGAUGUCUCAUUGAGCUAGCUCAAGAGUUGUUAGUAAUCAUGGUAGGCAAACAGGUGAUCAGCAACAUCCAGGAAUUUGUAUUACCUAAAUUAAAAACAUGGUGGCACAAGAGGAAGUUAAAGCCAGCUCCCAGUCAGGAGGUAAUAGAUGAACCAGACACCAAUUCACAGAUCAACCCAUGGGAAAAUGACUAUCAGUUGCUGGUGUGCGAGGGACUGUUUGAUGAGUAUCUGGAAAUGGUUCUGCAGUUUGGCUUUAUUACCAUCUUUGUAGCAGCCUGUCCCUUGGCUCCAUUGUUUGCUUUGAUAAAUAACUGGGUAGAGGUCCGUCUGGAUGCCCAGAAGUUUGUGUGUGAGUACCGCAGGCCAGUCGUGGAAAGAGCACAAGACAUUGGCAUCUGGCUGACCAUCCUGCAGUUCAUCUCCUAUCUGGCUGUCAUCAGUAAUGCUUUCCUGAUUGCAUUCACGUCGGAUUUCCUGCCACGCCUCUUUUACCGCUACACUGCGGGUAGCAUGAGCGGAUACAUCAACUUCACACUCUCAGUCGCCCCUGCAAACUUCACCCAGAAUGAGAUGUCAUGCCGAUAUCGCGGGCUCAGGGAUGAGAAAGGACAGAACACACAGGAUUACUAUCAUCUGCUGGCCAUACGACUGAGUUUUGUCAUUAUAUUUGAGCAUGUUGUACUUCUGAUUGGACGUAUUAUUGACUGGAUUGUGCCUGAUAUCCCAGAAGAGGUGGAAAUUAAGAUUAAAAGAGAACAUUACAUGGCCAAAGAGGCACUGGCUGAGAAUCAGUCGUUGAGUAAAUCUGUCCUGGAAGAGAUGGAGAGGCAAAACUAUGAGCUGCGGCAAAGAAUAAGAACACAGAGUCCAACAAACAACAUGUCACCAACAUCUGAAGAUGAGGCCAUGCCUGCGCUCUGAUACCAUAUAUCUGAGGAUUUUAAUACACUUCACAGAUCACUCUACAGAUGAAUACAUGUUUUGGAAACUGCUUACUGAUUAUUGUGGCAUGAUGAACUCUAAAGGCAUUCAAAAUAUUUUGGUUCAGUCGGUGCCUAUGGCGUAGUGGAAAGUGCACCAACAAAUGCACUCUAGUGUUUGCGGCGACCCGGGUUCGAUUCCCGCCUCGAGGUCCUAUGCGAAUUCUUCCCUUCUCUCUGCCCCCAUGCUUUCCUGUCGGUUGUCUCUACUGUCAAGUAUAAAUAAAGGUGAAAACCCCUAAAAUAAACAAUAAUGAUUCCGAGAGCCA